AUGUUCACCCUGUCUCUGCGCCACAAGAAAAGCCCGACUAGCGCCAAGAUCACCAUGCGCCAGGACUUGCCCGAGCAGGAGCACCUCAACGUGGCAAUGCGGCAGUUGUCCCAACUUGGCCGCGUGGACGUCGGCGGCCUACUCGGCUUCGAUGCACACCCAGAGAGCCUCGAGCGCCCCUCUGCCGCGUGCGUCCAUCACAGAGCCACAGCGCGCUACCGCAUCGAGAGCCAGGACGACGCUGACCACGGCUACUACUUCCGGCCUGCGUGGAAGGACCGCUGGGACAAGGCUCGCACAGGGGCGCACUCGCGGGACAACGAGGCGGCCGCCAGCUUGAUGGGCAGAUUCGGUGGCAGCGGCGGACUGGGCAACAAGAUGUGCAAGUGCCCGAGCGCUUCGCACGGCAGCGCCGCUGGAAGUAUCGAGGGAGUACUCGUGGAGGAGGCGAGUUUCAUGCUCGCAAAGGCGUCUUGGGAGUAG